ACCAAAAGGAAGUCACUUGAUACAAUAAAUAAAUAAGAAAACAACGGUGUUAUACAUUUUAUUAGUAGAAUUAGAAUAUUUGGCAAAAUUUUGCAGUAAUCUGAUAAUAUUGUAUAUGAUUUUCGUCUACAGAGCCGUAAAACUACUUAUUAAAAAAUAUCUGAAUUGUUUUCAUUUUCUUGAGUUACAGUCUAAUAUAAGAUUUAUAUUUUUAAUUAAUAUUUAUUGGGCAACAAUAAUGGGUGCCCAAUCUUUAGCGUUAUCAUUUAGUGUACAAGCAGAAUGUAACAUAUCUCGGGCUCGUGCCGGUCUUAUGAAAUUACCACACUAUGAAGUUAGAACACCUGUUUUUAUGCCUGUUGGAACUCAGGGUACAAUGAAGGGAUUGUUGCCUGACCAACUUGAGGCUUUAGACUGUGAAAUAAUUCUAGGUAAUACUUAUCACUUAGGCAAUCGUCCUGGAACUGAUGUUCUUGAAAAAGCCGGUGGUCUACAUGCUUUUAUGGGAUGGAAUAGAAGUCUUCUAACUGAUUCUGGUGGUUUUCAAAUGGUUUCAUUACUCAAGCUGGCUGAAAUAACUGAAGAGGGUGUUAAGUUCAGGUCACCAUAUGAUGAUUCCGAAAUAAUGUUGACACCAGAGAAAUCCAUUGAAAUUCAAAAUUGUAUUGGGGCUGAUAUUAUAAUGCAGCUUGAUGAUGUGGUACAGACUACAUUUCAAGAUUAUGAUCGUAUUAAAGAAGCUACUGAAAGGACUAGUCGUUGGUUAGAUCGUUGUCUUAGAGCCCACAAAAGACCUACAGAGCAGAGUAUAUUUCCUAUAGUACAAGGACUGUUGAAUAAGGAGUUGAGAGAACAAAGUGCAAAAGAUCAUAUGACAAAAAAUGUGAAUGGUUUCGCAAUUGGUGGCUUAAGUGGUGGUGAAGCUAAAGAUGACUUUUGGCCUAUGGUAAGUCUUGGUACAGGAAUACUAGAUAAAAACAAACCGCGGUACUUAAUGGGCGUUGGAUUGGCAAUCGAUCUUGUUGUCUGUGUUGCACUUGGAGUAGAUAUGUUUGACUGCGUAUUUCCCACAAGAACUGCCAGAUUUGGAUGUGCUCUUAUAAACAAAGGACAAUUAAAUUUAAAACAAAAACAAUUUGAAAACGACUUAAAUCCAAUUGACACUGACUGCUUAUGCUCCACAUGUAAAAAUUAUACAAGAGCAUAUUUACAUUGUAUUGUAACUCUUGAGACAGUAGCUUGCCAUUUGAUAUCAAUACACAAUAUUGCUUUUCAGAUGCGUCUGAUGAGAACCAUGCGAGAACAUAUUGAAAAGGGAACAUUUCCUCAAUUUGUGGAAAAGUUUGUGAAUGAAUUGUACUGCGAUGGUAAUUACCCAACAUGGGUUAUUAAUUCUUUAAGUUCAGUUGGAAUAAACAUAAUAAAAUAGAAGUCUUCAUAUUUUAUUAAAUUAAUUAAAGUAGCAAACACUACUAAAGGCUAAUGUAUUGUGUAUAUAAAACACUAAGU